ACAAAGGAGAGGGCAGAGGGAGGGGAUUGAAGCCUGGGAGGGAGGUGGGAAAGAUAAGGGGCGGGGAACCUGCAGCCUCACCAGCCCUGUGUGUGAGUGUGAAUUAUUGUAGGGGCUGCUGGGAAGAAAGGCAAAUAGAAGAUCAGUCUGUGCUUAUGGAUCCAUGAAGCCCAGUCUCUUGCAUUUUACCAAUCCCCAAAUGUCAAAACAGCCUCUGUCGUAAUGAUCUUGGCUCUCCAGUGGCACCGAGAACAUGGAUGAUAAAUCCAAUAAGCUGCUACUGGCCUUUGUAAUGGUGUUUCUGUUUGCAGUGAUUGUCUUGCAGUAUGUGUGCCCAGGCACGGAAUGCCAGCUCCUGAGGCUGCAAGCCUUUAGCACCUCUGUGGCACUGGACCCCUACCGAGCAGAAGACGAGAUCCCAGCCAAAUUCAUCCCCCAAUUCAAUUUCACGCCUGCUGAGCUUUUGAGAAAGGUAGAUUUCAAUAUCAAAGGAGAUGAUCUGAUUGUGUUCCUGCACAUCCAGAAGACAGGGGGUACCACAUUUGGGCGCCACCUGGUCAGGAACAUCCAGCUAGAGCAACCGUGUGAGUGCAAAGUGGGUCAGAAGAAGUGCACUUGUCACCGGCCGGGCAAAAAAGAGACCUGGUUGUUUUCCAGAUUCUCUACGGGAUGGAGCUGUGGGCUGCACGCAGACUGGACAGAGCUGACCAACUGUGUGCCUGCUCUAGUGGACAACAAGAAGGAGAUCAAGCAGAGACCCAGGAGAAAUUUUUACUACAUAACGAUUCUUCGUGAUCCCGUUUCACGGUAUCUGAGUGAAUGGAGGCAUGUUCAGAGAGGCGCAACAUGGAAGGCUUCACUGCAUGUAUGUGAUGGGAGAUCUCCAACAUCUGAAGAGCUGCCCAGUUGCUACACUGGAGAUGAUUGGUCUGGCUGUUAUUUGCAAGAAUUCAUGGAUUGCCCUUAUAAUCUGGCCAAUAACAGGCAAGUCCGCAUGCUGUCUGACCUGAUCCUCGUGGGAUGCUAUAAUCUAUCAGUGAUGCCAGAGGAACAAAGGAACAAGGUUCUCCUAGACAGCGCCAAAGAAAACCUAAAGCGUAUGGCUUUCUUUGGACUCACGGAAUUCCAACGGAAAACCCAAUAUCUCUUUGAAAAAACUUUCAAUAUGAACUUUAUCUCACCAUUUACUCAGUUCAACAGCACCAGGGCAUCUAGCGUAGAGAUAGACGAGCCGACCCAGCAGCGCAUCGAGGCACUCAACUUUCUAGACAUGGAAUUAUAUGAAUAUGCAAAAGACCUUUUCUUACAAAGAUACCAAUUCAUGAGACAAAAAGAACAUCAAGAAGCACGGAGGAAGCGGCAGGAACAGCGAAAAAUCCUCCGAGCUAAACAUCUUGUUCACAAAGAAGAGACAGACAACUCAACUAAUGAUUACAUUGGGAAUGUAGAGAAAUGGCGGUAGUACAGCCCCUGUUCUUCAGCCACUAGAUGAACUAUACAACAGGAAUUAAAGAAUUUAAAAAAUUCAUUAGAGAAGAUGGGGUAGUUCAAAAGAUUUCAGCUUCAUAUACCCUUUGAAGCAGAAGAUGUUUAUCAGUUGCCUUUGCAAAUGCUUUUGCAUUAAAUGUAAUUAUUGUACAUGGGGACAUUUGAAUCUUGAUGUGAUUUAAUUGUGACAGGUUACUAAAGCUCCUAAAGCAUUUCAUUUCAUAGACCAGAUUGUCGGAUAAACUUCAAUAUUUUAAGUGCUCAUAUAUGACCAAUCCAAAUGAUGCUACGUUUGGCUAUACUCUCAUGUCCUACUCAUUUUGCAGUAAAAGAUGUCUUGAAAAUCAAACUGUAAAAUGAAUGGUAAUAAAAGAAAUAGAGGUAAAAUGUUCACAAUAUUCACCUUUGCCCUCUUUCAUUUUUGCUUUUUCUUUUUCCAAUAUGCCUUUAGCAAAACACGUUUCUUUAUGACCCAAGAUAAUGUAUUGGAUCGCAAAGAGCGAAAAUGCCCUACAGUUGAGUGAAUGCACCCAAGGAAGAAACGAUACAUUUCAUUUUGUAUGACACUCACCAAUAACUGGCAGCUUCAGCUCUGCAAUCUCUAUUUCUAAAAACAUGUUUUUUUUAUGGUAAAUAAGAUUUUUUUAGAAGGUUUUCAAAGAAGAUUUAGUAUGAAAUGUCUUUAUAAUUUGUACCCUGUAUUAUGGCUAAAUGUACAUUUGAACCACACAACACAUUAGGAACUAUGCUAUUAUGUGUCAUACUUUCUCUAGAACAUCCACCAGUAAACACCAACCUAUUUUUGUGGUGGUGUAUUGGUAAACAUUUUCCUUUUGCUUCAAUAAGGCUGCACUUUUUAAAUUAUGUAGACCCCUUAUCUCGUUCCUUGUUAGGCACAUCAGAGUGUUUAGGCUGGUUCUCUGAUUUUAUGUUUUCUUAUCUAAACUAACACGAGAUGCUUUUUGGAUGCCUAUCACCAAUGUUUAAGUGAACAGAAAAUGAGCAUACCUCUAGGGCAGGGACUUAUAUCGCAUGACUGUUAGUUUAGAUGAGAUUCAGACUGAAAAGGACAGUUAGAAGGGUGAAGCAGUGUGUGUACAAUAAAGGCAAUGCUACUUAGUGAUGCAGUCCUGCAGAAGAACAAAAUGUAUUAUCAACUC